AUGGCGGCCAAUGCGGGAUCGAUGUUUCAAUAUUGGAAGCGCUUUGAUUUACAGCAGCUGCAGAGAGAAUUAGACACCACUGCCACGCUACUGGCCAACAGACAAGAUGAGAGCGAACAGUCCAGGAAAAAGCUCAUCGACCAGAGCCGCGAGUUUAAGAAAAACACACCAGAGGAUUUUCGCAAGCAGGUAGCUCCACUGCUCAAGAGCUUUCAGGCUGAGAUUGACGCACUGAGUAAAAGAAGUAAAGAAGCAGAGGCGGCCUUCCUGAACGUCUACAAGAAACUCAUCGAUGUUCCCGAUCCGGUCCCCGCGUUGGAGCUCGGUCAGCAGCUGCAGCUGAAGGUACAGAGGAUGCACGACAUCGAGACGGAGAACCAGAAACUGCGCGAGACGCUGGAGGAUUACAACAAGGAGUUCGCAGAGGUCAAGAACCAAGAGGUCACUAUCAAAGCACUUAAGGAGAAGAUCAGGGAGUACGAGCAGACCCUGAAGAACCAGGCGGAGAACCUGGCGCAGGAGAAAGAGCAGCAGCUCCACAACGACUAUGCAGAGAAAGCCAGGAAGUUGCAAGAGUCACAGGAAUCCAUGGCCGGCAGGUUGGAAGAGGCAGAACACAAAGCCCAGUCACUACAGACAGCACUUGAAACUACUCAGGCAGAGCUGUUCGACCUGAAGACCAAGUACGAUGAAGAGUCCACAGCAAAAGCCGAUGAGAUCGAGAUGGUCAUGACUGACCUAGAGCGAGCCAAUCAGAGAGCCGAGACGGCAGAACGGGAAACCUACGCUCUGAGAGAGCAGCUCACGUCAGCCAACAAGUCGCUGCAGCUGGCCACACAGAUCCAGAAAGCUCCGGAUAUGGAGCAGGCGGUGGAGGUGGUGUCGCGCUCCAGUCUGGAGGCCGAACUCAGCGCUAAGGAGCGGGAGAUGGUACAGCUGGUGGAGGACGUGCAGAGACUGCAGGCCAGUCUGGCCAAACUGCGCGAGAACUCCUCCACCCAAAUCAUCCAACUGGAGCAGCAGCUCAGCGCCAAGAGCGCCACGCUCAAGCAACUGGAGGAGAAGCUGCAGGAGCAGGCCGACUACGAGGAGGUGAAGAAAGAGCUGAGUAUCCUGAAGUCGAUGGAGUUUGGACCGUCUGAGAGUUCCUCAGCACAGGACUCGUCGAAGCCUCUGGAGGUUUUACUGCUGGAGAAGAACCGCAGUCUUCAGUCUGAGAGCGCCUCGCUCCGCAUCGCCAACACCGAGCUGAGCGGGUCGGCCAGCCAGAAAGGAAAGAAACAGCCCGCGCCACGCAUCCCCACCCCUAUCAACUCUGCUCCGCCCCCUCCCGCUCCCUCUCAACUCCUGAGUCGCACGGUCCCGAACUCAGCCGGCCCGCCCCCGGAGCCGCCCGCUCCCGCUAGCGCUAACGGCGGCCAUGCUUUCACGCUGGCUCAGGACUUCUACGCCGGCACCGCUUUCCCCCUGGUGGGUAAAGCGGCGCUGGGAUCGCUGCUUCAGCGCCAACUCAUGCACACUUUCUACUCCAAAGCCCUGCAGGACUUCAGCCCCGCCCACUACACGCCCCUGGCGCUGGCGCCCGCUCCGCCGCGCCAGCCCUGCGCCAGCCCGGACACCAACGGCACCGCUCCGUCGCCCAGCCGCUCUGAGGGCGCGGGCAGCGCCUCCGAGGGCGAGGACAUGGACACGGCCGAGAUCGCUCGGCAAGUCAAGGAGCAGCUGAUCAAGCACAACAUUGGGCAGCGCGUGUUCGGACACUACGUGCUGGGUCUGUCGCAGGGAUCGGUCAGCGAGAUCCUGGCCAGGCCCAAGCCCUGGAGCAAGCUCACCAUCCGAGGGAAAGAGCCCUUCCAUAAGAUGAGGCAGUUCCUGUCUGACGAGCAGAACAUCCUGGCACUGCGCAGCAUCCAAGGCAGGCAAAGAGAGAGCCCAGGCCAGGCCCUUAGCCGCGUGUUUCAGGAUGGCCCGAAGCGGAAAGCCGGAUCAGAAGGCGCCCCGCGGACAGGGAACAUUACCACCCGAAUUCGCACCCCUGACACAGGCUCAGAUGAAGCCAUCAAGUCCAUCUUGGAGCAAGCCAAGCGUGAGCUACAGGUCCAGAAAGCCGACUCCUCCAUGCCGCCAUCCUCAUCCGGUGGCGGAGGAGGCUCAGACGAGGCCAUCCGCUCCAUCCUGGAGCAGGCCCGGCGCGAGAUGGAGGCCCAGCAGGCUUCCUUGUCCUCGUCAUCCUCUUCCUUGUCGUCCUCCUCCAUCUCGUCCUCCUCGUUUUCUCAUUGUGAUGUCUCGCUGCUGUCGCCCAAAGUUCUGGCACCAUCGCCGCUGAGUGCCCCGCUGCCUGCCUACAGCCCUCUCGCUCUGCGCCUGAAGAAGCCCCCUCCGCUGCUGGCCUCAUCGUCCUCUUCACCGUCCUCGCCGUCUCCGUCCCCUUUGCUCGAUUUCAGCAACGUUAAGAAGGAACGUCCGGCGUCUCCGGUGCAGGACGGAGCUUCCAGGGCCGUGUGGAGGGAGCAGUGGUGGAGCAACCUGCAGCCGGAGAGGCGAGGACCUGGCCUGCCUGAUGAGAAUCACAGCGCCGAGGACUCCAAAGAGGUACUAGGACUGUCUCAGGGCAGCGUGAGUGACAUGCUCUCACGUCCCAAACCGUGGAGCAAGCUGACCCAAAAAGGUCGCGAGCCCUUCAUCCGGAUGCAGCUGUGGCUUAACGGCGAUCUGGGACAGAACUCCGUCAACCAGCCCAUCCAGACACAAGAGGUCACCCCAAAGACGUCAGGCAGUUGCAGCCCCGCCCCCGAGUCACCUCUCAGCUCGGCCGAGGAGUCUGUAAAGAGCGGGGGCGAGCCGCCGGGCGCACAGGCAUCCAUGUCUGAGACGACCCCCUCCGGAGAAGGUGUGGAGGGCUCACAGCCUGGCACCCUGGUUCCCCUGCCACUCUCCAACAUCGGACCUUCCGGGCUCAGCAUCCAGGAAAUGGUGGCCAUGUCAACCGAGCUCGAUACCUACGCCAUCACCAAGAAGGUCAAGGAGGUGCUCACUGACAACAACCUCGGCCAGCGUCUGUUCGGCGAGACCAUCCUGGGUUUGACCCAGGGCUCCGUUUCUGACCUGCUGGCUCGGCCCAAACCCUGGCACAAACUGAGCCUGAAGGGACGCGAGCCGUUCGUCCGCAUGCAGCUGUGGCUCGGCGACCCGCGCAACGUCGACAAGCUGAUGGACAUGAAGCGCUUGGAGAAGAAAGCUUACAUGAAGCGACGUCACAGCUCGGUCAGCGACAUCCAGCCGGUGGACACCGGACUGCUGGGGCUAGAUUUCGGUCCAGGCACCAGCCCUCAGCACCACCCCCAGCAGCACCUGAAAAAGGCACGAGUGGUUCUGGCACCCGAGGAGAAAGAGGCGCUGAAGAGAGCCUACCAGCAAAAACCCUACCCCUCUCCCAAAACCAUUGAGGAACUGGCAACCCAGCUUAACCUAAAAACCAGCACCGUCAUUAACUGGUUCCACAAUUACAGGUCUCGUAUCCGUCGGGAGCUCUUUAUAGAAGAAAUCCAGGCAGCGGGUGCAAGCAGUGCCUCAGCGGGCGAGUGCGGCUCCCCCUCGGUGCCGCCUGGAAAAGCCAGCGACAGCUACGACGGCACGGAUUCCGACGGCACGGCCGAGGGAAGGCCCGACGCCUCCGCCGACGAGAAGCCCUCGUCCGGCCCGGAGGACGUCCACAAGGAGCUCAGUCCGUCCAACUCGCCGAGCCCGAGAGAACCCACUACCUCAGCCGCAGAGGGGCCGGGCACGAGCGGGCACCGAGGCGGGACGUCGGCCCUGGGUCUGUUCGGGUUUUCCCGCAACCCAAAGGACAACAGCCUGCGCAAGAAGAAAGCGGCCAACCUUAAUAACAUAAUCCACCGGCUGGAGAAAGCCGCCAGCAAAGAGGAGCCGUCCGAGUGGGAGUUCUGAGUCCUCUGAGCGCUCCUCGAACACCGUACACACCCCCUUCCCACUACGCCUUUACCCCGUCUUACCCAGAAGGGAAGGGAAGCUCCCUUCCUGCGGGCACAGCCAAAGUCAAGCGGCCAUACUGACUUUUCAAGAAGAGGGUAAAAAACAAAACAAAGAAGCAUUUUUCUCUGAACACUGAGAUAAAGCACUUAGCCGUCCUACGCCACGGCGCCCCAAACCUCCCUGAUCUUAGCAUUAAGCUGCCUCUCAUCCAGGGCUCUUCUUUCAAGGGGAGGAUCAGCGCACUCACCCUCACAGACUCACGCCUCCCGCCGCCGAGCUCUCGUUACUGUUCUGUUACACUUCCUCUCUCUUACAUUCACGUCCGUGCAUAACAUCAUGAACCGGCGGUGUGUUUUGUCUGGCUGAAACGUGAGAGGAUGGAAACGAAGACGAGAACAAAAGACAAGCGUAUCAGUUACUGAAGGAGAAAAAAAAAUCUGAAGUUUAUCCUCACAUUUCCACGUCUCCCCUCGACACACGGCCAUCUGAUGGCCUCCUGCAUUUCUUUCUUCGUGUUGUUUUCUAAACCAGGUUUCCUCAGAUGAAGAACAAGGUUUUUUAUAGCAAUUCGGUUGCCACUAAGAGA